AUGCUCUCUCAAACCAGGGCCCGUGUGCCCGUGGCUCUCCGAAGCCUGUCCCGCUCCAGUGCGACUGCCCGCACUCUCUCCACUACCCUCCCCCGCACCGAGAAGGAUGGCGCCCUUAACAAGGUCUCUCGCCACAUUACCCAGCCCAAGGCCCAGGGCGCUUCCCAGGCCAUGCUGUACGCUGUCGGUCUCAAGGAGGAGGAUAUGAACAAGGCCCAGGUCGGCAUCUCGUCCGUUUGGUUCAAUGGUAACCCCUGCAACAUGCACUUGCUCGAUCUCAGCAACAAAGUGCGCCAGGGUGUCCAGGAUCAAGACUUGAUCGGUUUCCAGUUCAACACGGUCGGUGUCAGUGACGGAAUCAGCAUGGGUACCAAGGGAAUGCGCUACUCCCUGCAGAGUCGCGACCUGAUCGCCGACUCCGUUGAGACCGUCAUGGGUGGCCAGUGGUACGAUGCCAACAUUAGUAUUCCCGGCUGUGACAAGAAUAUGCCCGGUGUCGUGAUGGCCAUGGGUCGUAUCAACCGCCCCAGUAUCAUGGUCUACGGUGGUACCAUCAAGCCCGGCUGCGCUGUGACCCAGAACAAUGCCGAUAUCGACAUUGUCUCCGCCUUCCAGGCUUACGGCCAGUUCAUCACCAAGGAGAUCACCGAGCCCCAGCGUUUUGACGUCAUCCGUCACGCCUGCCCCGGUGAAGGUGCCUGCGGUGGUAUGUACACCGCCAACACCAUGGCCACCGCCAUUGAGACUAUGGGAAUGACCCUCCCUGGUUCCUCUUCCAACCCUGCCAACUCGCAGGCCAAGUAUCUCGAGUGUCUGGCUGCUGGCGGCGCUAUCAAGAAGCUGCUCGCCGAGGACAUCCGUCCCCGCGACAUUCUGACUCGCCAGGCCUUCGAGGACGCCAUGGUGCUUGUCAACAUCACCGGUGGCUCUACCAACGCCGUUCUUCACCUGAUCGCCAUUGCUGACUCCGUUGGCAUCAAACUCUCUAUCGACGACUUCCAGGCCGUCUCCGAUCGCAUUCCCUUCCUAGCAGACCUGAAGCCCUCCGGCAAAUACGUCAUGGCUGACAUGUUCAACAUCGGCGGAACCCCCUCUCUGCUUAAGCUCCUGCUGAAGGAGGGUCUCAUUGACGGCUCCCGUAUGACCGUCACCGGUGAGACCAUGGCGAAGAAUCUGGAGAAGGCUCCCGACUUCCCCAGUGACCAGAAGAUCAUCCGCCCCCUCUCAAACCCCAUCAAGAGCACCGGUCACAUUCAGAUUCUGCGUGGUUCUCUCGCGCCCGGUGGCAGUGUCGGCAAGAUCACUGGUAAAGAGGGUACUUGCUUCACCGGUAAGGCUCGCGUGUUUGAUGACGAAGAUGACUUUAUUGCUGCGCUGGAACGCAACGAGAUCAAGAAGGAGGACAAGACUGUCGUUGUCAUCCGCUACACCGGCCCCAAGGGUGGCCCCGGCAUGCCUGAAAUGCUCAAGCCCUCUUCUGCCCUGAUGGGAGCUGGUCUCGGAUCGUCCUGCGCUCUGAUCACCGAUGGCCGCUUCUCCGGCGGUUCCCACGGUUUCCUGAUCGGUCACAUUGUGCCCGAGGCCGCCGAGGGUGGUCCCAUCGGUCUCGUUGAGGACGGUGAUGUGAUCACCAUCGAUGCCGAUAAGCGCCUCCUCGAUCUGGAGGUGCCUGAGUUGGAGCUCUCCGUGCGCCGUGAGGCCUGGGAGGCCCGCAAGGCCGCUGGCCUGCUGCCCGAGACCGGUCUCACCAUGCGCGGCACACUGGGCAAGUAUGCCCGCACCGUCAAGGAUGCUAGCCACGGCUGUGUUACUGAUGCUGUAGAGUAAAUCAUACCUUGGUGUUUAUGGACUCCCCGGGUGUCUGCCCAAGCAUAAAAGCGAUGUAUUUUAGUGGGGGC